AUGAAAGAAGCAAAGACACAAGCCGCCUCAUCGGCGUAUAUGGAUGAUUCUACCACUUGGGAAAGUCUUAACUUGGACGCUCGUUUAUUGCAAGCGAUUGAUCAGUUAGGUUUUGAAAACCCAACUUUAAUUCAAUCAAGUGCCAUUCCAUUAGCAUUAGAAGAAAAGAGAGAUAUCAUUGCCAAGGCAUCUACCGGAUCCGGUAAGACCGCUGCAUACUGUAUCCCUAUUAUCCAAAACUUGUUACAAAGCGAAGACAAUAAUGGUAUCAGUAGUAUUAUCUUGGUUCCAACUAGAGAACUUUCUAAUCAAGUUACUCAAGUUCUUGAAAAACUUACUGUUUACUGUCAAAAGAGAGUUAACAUUCUUAAUUUAUCAUCAACUCUUUCAGACCAAGUAUUGAACUCCUUAUUGAUAAAUAAACCUGAAAUUAUUGUUUCCACCCCAGCAAAGUUAAUUCAAGUAUUAGAGAAAAAUGUAAGCUCCGACAUAAUUAAUUUAUCAACUGUUAAGAACUUGACUAUUGAUGAAGUUGAUUUAAUUAUUUCUUACGGUUACCUUGAAGAUUUACAAAAACUUGAAACUUAUUUACCAAUUAAGAAGAAUUUACAAACAUUUUUAAUGUCUGCCACUGUUAAUGAUGAUUUGAAUGAUUUAAAAUCAAGAUUUUGUUCAAAGCCAGCUAUUUUGAAACUUAAUGAUGAAAGUGCCAACCAAAGUCAAUUACUUCAAUAUUAUGCUAGAACUACUGAAUUUGAUAAGUUUUUACUUGCUUAUGUUAUUUUCAAGUUACAUUUAAUUAAGGGUAAGACUUUAGUAUUUGUCAACAAUAUUGAUAGAGGAUAUCGUUUGAAGUUAUUUUUAGAACAGUUUGGUAUUAGAUGUUGUAUUCUUAACAGUGAAUUACCUAUCAAUUCUCGUUUACAUAUUGUUGAAGAAUUUAACAAGAACGUUUACAAUUUAUUAAUUGCCACUGAUGAAACUGAUACCGUUGCUACAGAAAAGGAUGAAAUAGAUGAAGAAGAAUCCGAUGAUGAAACUCAAGGUGAAAUCAAGCCAGAAUCAGACAAAAAGACCAAUAACAAGCAACGUAAAAAUAGAAAGGAUAAGGAAUAUGGUGUUUCAAGAGGGGUUGAUUUCCGUAAUGUUGCCUGUGUUCUCAACUUUGAUUUACCAACAACUUCUAAAGCAUACAUUCACCGUGUGGGUAGAACCGCCAGAGCCGGGAAAUCUGGUAUUGCAUUAUCUUUUGUAUUGCCUCAAAAGGAGGUUGGUAAACACAAGACAGCCACUCUUGCUUCUUCAAAGAAGGAUGAAAAGGUAUUAAGAAGAAUUGUUAAGCAACAAUCUCGUAAUGGGUUCGAGUUGAAGCCUUAUCAAUUUGAUAUGAACCAAGUUGAAGGUUUCAGAUAUAGAUCAGAAGAUGCAUUCAGAGCAGUAACACAAACCGCUAUACGAGAAGCUAGAAUUAAGGAAUUGAGAAGUGAAUUGCUUAAUUCAGACAAGUUGAAGAGAUUCUUUGAAGAAAAUCCUCAAGAUUUGGCUUCUUUGAGACACGAUAAGGAAUUGCACCCAACUAGAGUUCAAUCUCAUUUGAAGAGAGUUCCAGACUACUUACUCCCAGAAGCUGCUAGACAAGACACUAAGAAAAUUGGAUUUGUUCCAUUCCACAAGCAUAAGGUGAAUAAGAAUAGAAAGAAGAGACCUACAGGAAAGAAAUCCGACCCUUUGAAGUCAUUUAAAAAAUAA